GCUAAGCUGUAGUUCCCAAGCUGCCUCGCGGCUCCAUUUGAGCCCCAUCUUGAGCGAGGGGAGUGAGCAGUUUGAAUUUCAGCUCCUUCGGCAGCGCUUGAUAGCGGAGCGCGCACGGAGUGUAAAGGAGCCCGGCCCACUCUACUCCACUCCGCCUCGCCACCACCCCACCCGACGGAGCUGGUUCUUCGGGAGAGAGCCGCCGCGUCUACGAGGCCCGCCCGCCUGAGGGGGCCGCUGUGAGCCGGGCUCGUUCCCUUGACCCCGACAAGAUGCUCCUGGUGCUGAUCUCCAGGUAGAGAGUGAAGGCAGGGCGGGCGGCCUGCGCUUCGUUCGGCCUCGCCGGCUACUGCCGCCGCCCCUCUCGGCCACUUGACUGACUAACGAGCGGCCUUGGGCCCGCCUCAGGGACCCCGAGUCUCGCCGGAAGCCCCGCGGAGCAGCUUGACUUACAGCGCCACCCCGGCCUCAACUCCGAGGAAGGAACCGCAGCUGCGAAGGGGGAGAAAAGAGCUCCGCUGAGGGGAAAGAAGAAGAGGAGGAGGAGGCGGCGGUGCCGCCGCCCGCCCAGGGGCCCGUAGCUUUGCUCAGGGGGAGGAAGAGGAGGAGUCCUGCCGCCGCCGCCCCCCUUCUCUCCUCUCUGCCCCUCGCCAGCCCCAGGCUUGCUGGCCGCCUGCUGAGCCGGGACUGUGUCGUGAGGAGGCCGGAGCCGGAGGAAUGUGCGAGAUCGCCGGCGUCUGCGCUCUAGACAGAACGUGAGCCUCGCCCCCUCCCCCUCCAGCAGGCCCGGCUCGUGUGACCGGCUCGGACUUUUUCCCUUCGCCCGGCGGCUGCCGCGAGGGCAGGUGGGCGGAACCCCGGACUCCUCUCGCCGCUCCGUCUCCUUCCGUCUCUCCUUCGCCGGGGAAGGCACCAUGUCCAAGAUGCCGGCCAAGAAGAAGAGCUGCUUCCAGAUCACCAGCGUGACGACGGCCCAGGUGGCCAGCAGCAUCACCGAGGACACCGAGAGCCUGGACGACCCGGAUGAAUCCCGCACCGAAGACGUUUCUUCCGAGAUCUUCGACGUGUCGCGGGCCACGGACUACGGACCCGAAGAGGUCUGCGAACGCAGCUCCUCCGAGGAAACUCUCAACAACGUGGCCGACGCCGAGACUCCCGGGACGGUCUCUCCCAACCUGCUUCUCGAUGGGCAAGUAGCUGCAGCCGCGGCGGCGGCCUCUGGGGGGGGUGUACAGUCGCUGCCUACUGCUGUUCCAGCAGCCAACGGAGGAGCCGUUCCCAGGAGCACCGCGGUGCCCCCAGCGGCUGCCGCCCAAGCCUCCUCAGUGGCGGCAGGAGGCAGCAGUGCGCAAGCUCUUGCUGGCCCUGGAGCCGUGCCUCUAACGGCUACCGCUGCGUGCAGCUCCCGCUUUAGGGUGAUCAAGUUGGACCACGGUACUGGGGAGCCCUACAGACGGGGGCGAUGGACGUGUAUGGAAUACUAUGAUCGGGACUCGGAUGGCGGGGCCGUUUUAGCCCGGACUGGGGAUUGCAUUAGACACAACAGCACGUUUGAACAGGUUGCUCAAGAUAGGGACAGUGGCUUAGGUGCUACCGGGGGCUCAUUGAUAGUCUCCGGUGUGGCAGCGUCGUCAGCACAUGGCCCCGACUCCGUAGCUGACAGCUCUCUUGCUUCUGUGUCACAGCUACUCCAGCCAGAGAAAAUAAACCAGCCCUCUCCGCAGCAACCUAAUUUUGUCAUUGGGCAGCAGCCCAUAGGCGGGGCUGCUCCUCACAGUAGUGCUCAGUUGAUGUAUUCAGGGGCUACAGCGGCAGGCCAGCAAAUGAUGGUGCCUCCGCUGCAGCCUCAAGUAAAUACACAGAGCUUGGGACAAGCUGCACCCAAUGGGAAAGGCAUGCCACCUUCGAAUGUAGCAAUAGUCCAGACGAGUUUGCCCAUGCCACAGCAGCAGGUACAGCAAGCGACGAAUGUACCAGUGACUCAGACACAGCAGUUUGCUUAUCCUCAGUCACAGAUUCAACCAGUGCAUCUGGUGCCAGCUCAGACGCCUGGCCAACCAGAAUACAUUCAACAUAUGACAGUAAUUCAGUCUCAAGGAACUACUCCGCAGGCUGCUUCAGGCUCUAUUCCAAGCACUGGAGCGUCCAGUCUUCCAGUAGCACAAGUAGCUGGUCAGAAUCCCUCACCUCUAGGAGUGCCAGUGAUGGGAGUUUCUUUGCAAGCUGGUGAAACAGUAGGGCAGGGAUCGGGGCUCAUGCAGAGCGGCCUGACAACUCCAAUUCAGACUGUCAUUCCGCAGCAAGGAGGUGUGGUGCAGCCAGGUAUUGGACAUACAGGAGUUGUGCAACAGAAAUCCAUGACUCAGCAGCAAAUGAGUGGAAGCAAUCAAGUGUCUGGUGCUCCUCACAGCAUAGUCUCUGGAGUUCAGAAUGUGCCUGCAGCUGUGCCAGGUACUAGUGUGCCUAGUGUGUCUUCAACUUCUGUUACUAUGCCAAAUGUCCCUGUUACUUUAGUCCAGUCCCAACUGACCAGCCAUACAUCUGUCAGUAGGAGUUCCAGUGUUGUCCAGCAACACAUUGGCCUUCCUCUGAUCCAAGGCAUGACCAAUAUACCUACAAACCUGCCACAAUCUAACAUUGGACAAUUUCAGACUCAACCUUUAGGCCAGAUUGAUGAUACUAGAAGAAAAUCUGAACCCCUACCUCAACCACCACUUUCUCUCAUUGCUGAAAACAAACCUCUUGUGAAGCCACCUAUUCCGGACACUUUAACAAACCCUCUUAACUUACCUGCAACUACUCCUAUGAACAGUCUUGCCAGCUCUGUCUUUGGCAUAUCUAUUCCUGUUGAUGGUGAUGAAGACAGUGCAUCUGGUGCAAGUGUUGUAGCCAUUGACAACAAAAUAGAACAGGCAAUGGAUUUGGUGAAAAGCCAUUUGAUGUAUGCAGUCAGAGAAGAAGUGGAAGUACUGAAGGAACAAAUAAAAGAAUUAGUUGAAAGAAACUCUUUACUUGAACGAGAAAAUGCACUGUUAAAAUCUCUCUCAAACAAUGAUCAGUUAUCCCAACUCUCAACCCAACAGGCCAACCCUAGUAGCACUUCUCAACAACAAACAGCGAUAGCACAGCCUCCGCAGCCAACGCAACCUCCGCAGCAGCCGAAUGUCUCCUCAGCAUAAAAGCUCUCUUGCCUCGAAACUGAAAGCAAUCUGUCCUUGUGUGCCACUGGUGUUCUUUCCACUUUAUAUGAAAGCAAGUAGCCAUGCUUCAGUUGUGUGUUUUGGCCUUUUCAGUAUUAGACAAUCAUUCUACAAGAUCUUUUCCCUCACUGAGAUGUCAUACUGCACAGUUGGUGUCCAAUUAAGCCAUCAGUGCACAAGGGAAAUGGUAGAAGGAGUUAUAAUGCAAAAAUCUGCAUUUAUUUGGUGCGCAUGAGUGGGGUCUUUAAGAGCUUUGGUGAGGCUCUUCAAGGUUUCCAUUACUCAUGGAUUGCUUUGAGCCUUGCUUUUCCAUGUAGUAACAACUCAUCUUUAGAGCCACUGUCCUUUCAAUUACAAAUAACAUUUGCCUACAUUAGUUUCAUUUAUUUGUGUUUUAUUUAUUACAGGGCUGCUAUUCAUAAUGUACAUGAACAAUGUCACAGAACUUUUAAUUUUUUUAAAAUAAAUGUAAGUAUCAGUAAAAAAAAAUGAUAGACAGGAUUGAGUUUAAUAGAUAAAAUGUUUAGGCAAUAAUUGAACAAAAGAAUCCUGGCAUAUUUCUAACACUAAUGGCAAUUUACCUUUUGGUAUUUAUUUUCAGUAGUUAAGACCCAGCUUGAAUGUAAAUUUUUGUAUAGUGUAAGUAUGAAGACCAUAGUGCAUCUGUACAGGUAGUCACCAGUCAUUGUGAGAUAAUAAUUGAUGGGCUAUUUUGAUGAAGAAAACUUUGCUCAUUUCUGUUUCUACUUUCUAAUAGAGAAAUUGCCAUGAUUCCUCUGCUUUUUGACAUUUCGUAUUUUUUUUUUUUUGGGUGGGAAUAAAAAGCUGUGAAAUUGUUCAACCUACUUUGUAACCAAAGAAGCAAAGCUGUGUAAUUGAGUUUUUAUUUUAUAAUGCACAUUCUUUAUGUAUUUUUAUUUAGUGUUCUCAUUCACAUUUUUCUUUGCUGUCUAGCAUGAUCUGCAUGACCUAUAAUCUUUGAACCACUUUCGUACCUCAUGUUUUAUCCAGCACUCUUAUUGUGAUAUGUAAUAGUCUGUGAACAAUGUCAAAUAAAAAAGAAAGAACAGCUAGUGUUGGUGGAGCUGAGCUGGUGUGUGUUACACACUAGUUUAAAAAAAAAUGAAGUGAGCCAUCUUUUGUUCAUUUAAAAUGGUGUUUUGAAUUUCGUAUGCAGAAAACGUUUUGUUACAUUGCAGAUUUUAAUGUAUUUAAUAAAUGCAACAUGCAGAUUAAGUGCAGUGUAUACUGAGUAUUUAAAUUAAAAUGUACAUUUCAUAAAUACAGUUUCAAGAGACCAUCAUUUGUGUAUACUAACGUAGUAUGUCAGAAAUUGAUGUACAAUAUAUUUUAACACUUUCUGAAAUUAAACUGCAGUUUUGUUGAAA